UUUCAGUUACUCACGAUCCUGCCGCGGUGGUGCAUCCGCCGUACGGCGAGUGCAUACCGAGCUACGCAGAACGAUGCAACUGUGUCACUAGGCCGAGUGGCACGUGAUCCUGUCCUUGCACGGUGCUGCUUUCAUCUUCUUGCAUCUUCCACGAAGUUCCGUACGAGUACAUCGAAAAUCGAAUCUACGAAAUCACCCGGCGAUCCUUGAUCCGUACGCGAACGAAAAUCUCGAGAACCAAAAUAUCCUCGCUGAAUUUCGUCCCUCGAAUGUUUAGCCGAAACUCUAGUUAAGCGAAAGUGAAGGGUCAGGUGAUCGACGCGUGUGUGCUCCGACAUAAAAACACCGGCUGGUGUUAAGAAGUGAACCGAAGUGCGUUUACUAUUGUUAGGCGAAACACGUGGCGACGGGAACGUUUAACUGAUUGAUCAUCCUCGUCCGAUCUUAUGAUACUUAUACUGGGAAUAUGGAUAAACGACGAUCCGUCGACGGGAACCUACAGGAACAUGCUUUGCCCAUUCCGGUUCAGAUGUUCCUUUGGCAACAGUUGAGGCCGUUUAUACGUUCGAAAUUAGGCAAGCUGCACGAGGCAAUAUGCACGUUCUGUCAACAUACGCCAGGCCAUCAUGAGACAAAGGAAGCUUGUACGUCUCUCGAAAAGGUGUUGGUUCAAAAUCUUCUCAAUGAUUUGACACCCAGCUUAAAUCAGAUAUUGCGCACUGUGCCACGCUGGCAUUUGAUUCAAGCCGCUCUUCCCUACGUCCUCCAUGCCACAGCUAAUCAUCUUCACAAUAGGAAAGAUUUUCAAACUCUCGGCGCUUUGGAGACAACUCUUCUCUACAUUCUUCACUGGAUACUUCUCGAUGCUGCUGAAGAAUGUGCUGACAAUGAGGCCGACACUGGGAAUCCGUUUUAUUACUUAUUUUCUAUACCCACCAUGACACUAUUCGUCUAUCUCUUUGCACCACUGUGCAAUCAUUUGAAAGAUAUCGAUUUUAAAACAAACUUACGGUUGGAGAAUGGCUUGAAAAUAUGGACGGCCUUAUGCGAGUGUCGACACCCAGAUACACCUUGCUUUACCACUCAUUGCCGAAUUAAGCCACAAGCUCUGUGGAAUCGGUCUUUCAAAUCUUCCAAGCAACAUCAGAUCUCUGACGAUGUAUUUGUGGGAGGAAAUGUUGAAAGUCCACCCAGUGAAUCGGUUAGUCAGUUUUCGGACCAAAGUGUUGAAAAAACUCUAUCAACAAAACAACCAGAUGAUGAUAACACUUGGGUAUCGUCACCGAAGGAGACUAUAUUUCCCGAAACUAUUCCCGAAGAAAGUUCUGGUGCAGAGGAUGAGCAUGUGGUUAUCUUCAGAUUGCCAUCGCUCAGUGAAUCGGAAAAAGCACUCGACGGGGGUCAGACCAAUAUAUUUCAUGUAGCUAUGGGUCAAACGAAUGAUUUCUCCAAAUCAACAUUAACGAUAGAACAAGUCACGGCGAUUUCGGGACUGGACACCUGCAAACAGUUUCAAGAAAAAUCUAUAAGCAUAGGAAUUGCAGAUAGAGAUAAAGAAAAGACAGAUAAGCAUCAUAAAUCGGAGAAAGAAGCUCAAGAUACGUCGAAAACGAAAGUAUCGGGGACACAAAAAGUAGGUCCCAGUGAUUCUAGUGCCGCAGGACUCACAUGUAGUGUUGCCAUUGAUACGGACAUCCGAGCUGCCACUUUUCUUGACGUAGCUGUUCUGAGGUGCCUUUUUGUUCCUCAAUGGCAGGAGGAAGGAGUCCAUUGGGCUCUACAAUUUUUAUAUCAUCGAUUACGUAUGAUCAACGAAGAAACAUCAGUCCAACAGAUGCCACGUCGUCGUAGCAAUUCCUUACCCAUUCCAAAAAUUGAGGUAUCGAUUUACCAGAGUCCUGAAAGUAAAAAGAAAGAUGUGCCUAAAGAUUUGAUGGAAAUACCAGAGGUUCGAGAAGUGUCUGUAUUAACCGGUCAUGAAAACGAGUCAAAUCACACGAGACGAGCCAGUGAAAAGAAGAAAAGAAUGAAAAUGGCUGAUCUAAAGGCAUUUGUUGAAACAAAAUUGUUAUCCAAGUCAGAGAAGGCACUUGAGAAAAUUGGUCAAGAGGAGCCGAAAAUGCUGUUUGAACAGGAUACCCAUAGAAGUCUUGAUACAGGGGAUGAUCAUUUAACGAGACCCACAUCGACAGCUUCGAAAAUCUUCGAAGCAAAGGAUGUUGAUCACAUUAAACACCCUACCAAUUUAGUAAAAGGAAAGAGCAUGCCGAGCUUAAGCUGCUUGAUUAACGAGCUGACCGCGGGAGGGUACAUCGGCGACACUCGUAUUGAGAGGAAGCAAAGUCGGUUUUAUAGUCAAUCAUACACCGCCCCGAAUCCUAUCAUCACCGUCACGGAACACACACCCACUCCAUCCCCGGAUUACAUGAAGCGACAGGCAUCGAUCGACAGUCAAUUAGACGUAAUCAGUAUGCGUGGUAGUCGUUUAGAUUCCGAAAGAAAACCUAGCCUUACACGAUCACAGACAGACUCUAAUAUCACUUAUGGUAGCGACGAAGUUCCGGAAGCACCCGGGUCUUCCUGUUACAUCACCAAGGAAGGUGAUAUCGACCUACACGUAGUUCUAAAGGCUGUGCGCUCCGUUGCGAUGCGGGAUAGCAACUGCUGCACCUUGCGAGUGUGCGAGAAUAUUUUAAAUUUGGUGGAGCUUUUAAUGGAUAUGGGAGUAAUGAAACAGUGUCUUCGUGAAGAGAUGACGGGCAGUAUUGCAGAUUCGACAACGGUGAUAGAAAAGUUAGAAGGUGGAAAGAAGAAAGAGUCCUCCGAAAACGAGCAAGAAUCACGACAAAAUGCGACAAACAAGAAUAAAUCCUUAUCUCACAGUCUUCUUAUGAGUUGCGUGAUCAGAGUAGUGAAACACUUAGGCUGUCCUCACAGCUGCUCGGAAGGGAUACGCGGACCCCAUGCAGAUUUUUGCCGUUCGCAAGCACAAACGAUCCUUAGCAAGUUGCACCGGGCCAGUUCGAAGCAGUUUUCACGAUUCCUGAGAACAAUGGUGCGGGAACAACCAAUACCAGAAAUUUUGGAAUUCUUUCACGCAUUCAUUGGAUUCUGCGUGGAUCCAUGUUCGUUGCUAUCUCCACUUAAUCAAAAACGGGGAUCAAGCAAGUCCCCGGAAGUUGGCUCGCAAGCUGGAUAUGUAACGAAUUAUGGAACGAAUUUGAUGGGAACUUCGAUGGUUAUAGGAGGUACACUCGGUAAUUCGAAUGUAAGUGGCACGGGAACUAUGACGACCGCAGCUUCUACGAACAUUGCCGCGACUUACGCUGCCGGCUGUCACAAUACGCGUGGCAUAGAGGGUCACAUUUUUAAUUGCGUUUUCAAACCGCUGGUCUCGCGUUUCGUCAAAUCGCUGAAGGAAUUGAAGUCCCAGGAAAAUAUAAGUUUAUACUGUGAUCUUCGCCAAUUUAUGGCUUAUGUGAAAGAAGUCCAUUGCGGCAUUUUCCGCCGCGUCAUAUUAAGCGGGAUCAUCGACUCCGCGGAUCGACCUAAUAAACGGUGUAACAGCAAUGUUCAAACGACCCGUGUCAUCAGGCAUAUACAUCAAUCAGAUUUGGAAGAACACGCGGACAUUGGUGGUGAUGCAUGCUAUACUGUAGACGACAGAGGAAGUCGAAAGUUUCUUUUCAAGAAAAGAAGCACAUCUUCGACAUGUGCAAGUCUUCUUGAAACAGAACUCAGCGAAGAGAAUGCGAAAGUCAGCCAGAGUCCUUUAGUGAAUUUAAGAAAGAAACAAUACAUACUCACCCCAAGACAAAGCGAACGCAAUUUAGGAAUAGAAUCACUAGGUUCUGGUAAAGUUCGAAAAUCGACCCGUUUUCAAAUUGGUGGCAUGGUCAACUGUUUUCGUAAAGAAAAUGGCAGAACCGAUUCUACCGAUAGUCACGAAAGCAGUGAAUCACCGACAGAUGGUAGUUUUGUUAGGCAACCUAGUUUUCAUUAUGGUCAUUAUCGUAGUGCAUCUGCAUCAGGACACAGCGUCGGUUCAACUUUCCAAAAGGCAAUACGUCGAAUGAAAAAUCCUUUAACGAAAAUCGGUUUUGGAAAGAGUAAAAAGAAAGAGAGUUUAGAAGAGGCACCUGGGAGCUAUUUCAGUAGAAGAAACUCUUUGGAAUCCGGCGAAGCAUCAAGAGAAUCUGAAUUUGUUGUUUUGAAAGAGAGGAGAUUGGUACCUCGUAAUGCUGUCCAUGAUGGGAUGCUAAGAUUCUCAUUCUUGCUAGAAACUUGCCAACCGGGUUCAGUUCCCGACCACUACCUAAUGGCGGCCAUUUUAGACCUCCCAUAUGCACCUGUAGUGGCGCGUGCAUGUCUAUUGCUAGAGUGUGCACAUUUUGUUCAUCUGUGCAAUAAGGGUCAAUGGCCAACUUGGAUGAAAUUAAAUUUCCCGAUGUUUCGUCCAUCGGUGCCCAUGAAUAGCCAAAAUACGUCCACAGUCGUAACGAGAUUACACGUGACGCAGCGUACUGCUGGGAAACUAUUUUACCAGUGGGCAGAGGCAAUUGGUGCACGUCUAGAAGAGCUAUUAUUAGAGGAUAAGCAGAAUAUGGAUCAAGUAACAGCGAUGAUCUCUGACGAAAGCAAACAGAGAGACUUAAUUAUUGAAGAUGAAGAAGAAGAUUUUCUUGACGAAGCAAGUAUAAACGCUUACGGAUCUCAGUGUCCAAUCGCGCUACGUCUCGUUGCCUGCAUUCUACUAUUGGAAGUGACCGCGUUUUUACGGGAAACUUAUCAAACCUUGCCAAAAUUUAAUGAACUUUUAACGAAAGAACAUCCGCAACCCAGAGAAACAAUUCGACGAUGGAGCAUGGCACUUUCGUCGAUGGGUCAUUCUCAAACGUCAGCUCAAAGCCUCCAGUCGAUAGUCGCAGAACGCAAAAUUAGUUUUGUUGUUUGCGAACCUGAUAACCAAUCAGAUGGUAGUAGCAAAUCGACUGUUACAAUUCAAGGGGAGGAUUUCCAGAAUGCUGAAAAGGAGAAGGCAAAGCGCGUACAACCACCGCAAGGUCGGCCAUUUCUUCUUCGCCGCGAUACCACGGAUAAUACGACCGGUUCGUUUAAGAAAAGAAGUUUGAAACUUCGCCGCGACACCAAGGAGGGCAAAGACACCGAAUGUGAAGCAUUUGCAGUGAAACGAGCUGAUUCCAUCCAAUCGAAGAGGAAAGUGAGCUCGUUGUCAGACAGAAGUGACACAUCCGAACCUGGUUUUUGUGGUGAAAUUAGUGGCGAAGAAUCUCCAGGAAUACUCAUUGAUGAUCAACCACCAGAGAGUCCCAGCGACAGUAAUGAAACAGACGAAACUAAUAAAAACUUUCCGUGGAUGAAAGUUCUAGUUCAAUUCGCAAACUCCUUGAAUUUCUAUUGUACUCAUCAGAACUAUUGCCACCCGUAUUGCCAUCGGCGUCAAAUGCGAGCUAGCAGUAGGUUAAUCAAGUCUGUAAGAAAGAUUUAUGGAGAAAAGUUUGGAAUUCUGAAUGGUACAGGAAUCUUCGACUUCGACACUGAAAAGAAAGAUGCCAAUAAAAAGGAAAAGCGCAGUCGCAAGGUAUCGGAGCAAACCAGCACUCAAGUAUCACCUGUGCGGAGAAAGGACAGCGUAGGAAAAAAAUACAAAAUCGAUAAGAACAUAGACGGUUCCCAAUCCGGCCGGUUAACGCAGCGGGACUCUUCGAAGGAUCUAGCGGAUCAAGAUUCUGAGAAGGGGAAAGAGUGUCUGACGAAAUCCGGAAAAGAAGACUCGGAGAAAGAGAAUCCAGCAAUUUUAAAGUACAUCAAGUCUCAAGUGAAGGACGUGUUCCACGCACCGUUGGCCACUUUGGUGAAAGGGGCGGUGGUGAUGACGGAGGAAUUAUUCAUCGACGUGUUGCCUGUCGCAUGGGAGCUGUUGUUAGAGUCGAAUCAAGAGGUCGCCGCAUCUGCUGCGUCCCUUUUCAUAGUUGGAGCUGUGCGGGCUCCCAACCAAGCGAGCGAGCUGAUGCACCACGGCCUUCAACACAGCCUGACGAGCGUUCGAAUAAACGCGAUCUUACGCUUCCAAGUCCUCUGGAAGCUACGGUAUCAAGUAUGGCCUCGAAUGGAAGAGAACGCCCACCUCACAUUCAAAGUCCCACCGCCUGGCAUAGAAUUCACUUUGCCUUCACCAAAGAUCGGUAUCGAGUCCUUGCCUGUUGUCGAUCCACCCUGGAUGCCGCAGGUGAAGACGAAGGUAGAGGAAGUGACUAUCAAUCAGGAGCACCAUAGGUCUCUGGUGACGGCAACGAAAACUCGUAAGAAGCAGCAAACUGAACUCAUAAAAAAGGCUUUACAGGCGCAAGACGAUAAGAAACGCGAAGAGAGGGAGAACUUUUUGAUCACGACUAUACCGAUUACCGUGCAAGCCGCGUACGAACCUAGCCCUGUUGGGGAUGACCACGAUGAAGGAAACGUCGGGGACGAAGAUGGAGGUGAAACAAUAGCACGGAAUACAUCUCACCACAGUCAAUCUGCACCCUCGUUGUUCCCCUCUUCCCUAUGUUCUGCAAUCGUCCAAAUUAUUCAUCUACUCGAUGAUGCUGCUGUUUCUGAUGAUGGGAGUGCAGUUUACGAAGUCGCGUAUCAGGUGAUCUGGAAUUGUUUGGUGGAAGAUAGUGCACUGUUUCUCCGCUACGUUUUGGAACGUCUUACAAGAGACAAGCAGGAACUCAUGUUUAAAAUUUUAAGACACUUGAUUCGUUUCGUGCCGAAGUUGCCGCAACAAGCUGCCUUUGCCUUAUACAACUAUAUCAUUGGAUACGUAAUGUUUUAUGUGCGCUCCACCCACGAAGAAGGUCAAAAAUUAAUAGGAACUGCACUAUCUAUAUUAUGGAUGGUGGUACACAGUGUACACGGAAUAAUGUUUAAAGAUCUAAAGCAAAUAUUACGGAAAGAACAGUGUGAUGCAUCGAUUUUAUUAACUGCGAAUGUUCCAUCAGCAAAGAGAAUUGUUGUUCACGGUCCCCAAGACCCGGACGCGGGAGGAAUUCCGUCGCAAUUCCCAGUACAAGAAGAUACGCAAUUUUGUCAAAUACUUCGUGAAUCCUUAAACUUUUUUGGCAUAGAAGAAUCGAAACAGCGCGAGUACUUCCUUGUCGACUAUAAAACACAUCAAAUUCGCAAUCCAUCAUCGUAUGUUCGAGACUAUUAUUUUUUUAAGGGUAGAUCCCAAUUUUCUGAAAUCGAAUUGGUUCAUAUGAAACCAGAAGAUGCAUACAAUGCUUUACAACGGCAGGAAUUGGUUCACAAAUUUGUUGAAAUUGGAAAAGUUCUGUUGACUUGGGCGAUAUUAAAAAAUGUUGACAUGGUAGUGCAAAGGGUUGUCUUUCUGCAUGAAGAAUUGAUGAAGUUGCCAUCAUUCCCGCGGAGAGCCCUCGAAGCAGAUUUGGACUUGUAUAAAGGUGGUGAAAUCGGCAGAGAACUCCUUGGCUUGGACGUAAUGCACAAAUUUAUGUGGGUGAAAUUAAUCGCCAGAAUGUUUGAGGCAAUGGCGGGCAACUUCGCUUACUCAGGAGACAUUCAUUUAUUCUUAAACGUUUUAAACGGCGCAAUAAUUCUUCACAGCGAAGAUUCUUGCAUUCUGCGUUACGUUGUCGCAACGUACAUAAACGCAGCACACAAUUUCAAAAAUAUUUUUUCAACCAACGGAUACUUACUAAUUAUACCGACGCUGCUGCAAUUAUAUGCAACCCAUCAAACGAACAAACUAGUAACAACCACUGUGGAGUACGCCGUUAAACAAUUUUAUCUCAUGAAUCGAAAGCCAUUUAUCCUUCAAAUGUUCGGUAGUGUUUCAACGAUACUAGACACAGAUGAAAUUAGUGUUCACGGAGAAGCACACAAGGUUCCAGCUACGUGUUUAUUCAAUUUGUUACUAAGCUUGGAAACUCCAUCACCGGAUCCUUUAAACAUAGACGAGUUGGUGAAAGAGGAAAAGCCUUUAAAAGCUAUUGACUUUUGUUAUCACGAUGAAAAUGAAAUGGUCAAUGUUUUAGAUUGCAUAUCUCUUUGUGUAAUGGUGAUAGCAUAUGCACCUGAUUCUGUCAGAGGGCAACAAAUGUUGAUUAUAUUGGAAGCAAUACUACCGUGUUACGUUCAACAAAUUCAAUCUCCAACUUACAAUAAAGACGGGAAAACUGAAAAAGAAAUAAUAGAUCAACUGGCUAUAGCUGUUAAGACUUUGGUUAAUAAUUCAGAGGCACUUACGAAAUAUUAUAACGGACCGCAAAAAUCAAGUCCUGAACACAAAGGAUCCAGUCAAAGAAAUUACGGCAAGGUCCCGUAUUCACCCGGUUUUGAUUUCGAAGAUGAGACUCAUAAUACAAAAUACAUGGAGCACUCUAAAAUUAAAACCUUCUAUGAUCGAGAUCUUGAGGAUGCAGAAAAUUGCCAUAAAAAUGAAUUUCGCCGACCACGUGAUACGCUUUUAAACAUGGUAGGAGAUUUUGUAGCUCGGUGCUCGGCUCGUUUGAUUGAAUUGAAUAAAAAAUCUCAAGAUGGAAAGAUGAUCGAGUUAUUAGAUUCGAAAUGUCACAUACGAUUAGCAGACAUUGCGCAUAGUCUAUUGAAGAUAUCCCCGUACGAUCCGGGAACAAUGGGAUGCCGUGGCUUAAGAAGAUACAUGAACGAUAUUUUACCAUCAACCGAGUGGUCCAAUGACGAUAUGAGACCUGCACUAACUAUGAUUUUGAGAAGGUUGGACAAAACUUUUAGCAAAAUACACAAAAAAGCCUCGAUUAGAAGAAAUACAGAUUGGACUGCUGCGAGUGAUCUCUUGAAAGGGGUUUAUGAAACGUUAUCCAGAUGUCCCUAUAUUGCGCAUUUUCAAUAUUUAAAAACAUUACUGAGUACCUGCCAGUCGUUAAUUAUUGGAGACACGCCUGUGGAAGAUUCAACUUCAGCAUCUCCAGCUGCUUCCAUGAACAAACUUCCGCCGCAACAUUUUUGCUCGACAGUACUUCGACUGAUAGCUCUUCAUGUUAUAUCCCUCGGUGAAGGAUACUCUCUCGAAACUGUGUGUGGCGGCCACUCUAUAUUUGCAUCUCAACCUCGAACAGAAAACACGUUACUUAACUUAUUGAUACCGUUAUUCUUACGCGUGGGAACUGGAAGAAAAGAUGUACAAAAGUUAAGGCAAACGGAUAUAAAUUUUGCUCUAACUGCAGUAUUGAACACACUGUGGCCACCAACCACGAAGUCAGUUCCAGUGACCGCCCAAAAUUUGAAAACCACAACAGAUAUGAGAACGGGUAGUUUAACAUUUGUAGCACGAGAUUCAAAGACUUUAACGAAAACGUCGUUGACGUUAUAUCAAGUGGCCUUUUUAGCUUUGAAAAUUAUGACUAUAUGCUUCGAAACCGAAUUAAAAACGGAAUGGCCGAAAAUUUUACGCAUAAUGCGGCUAUUGAAUAAGCGAAACGAAGCUUCCACUUAUCUUUGGAAUUUUAUAGAAUUUGUAGUGACUCAUCGAACCGCAUUGUACAUUCAAAUGCUUCCGUUUACCGUGCAUAAAAUCGGCCAAGCACCAAUUUCGGAACACGAGAGAAAUAUGCAAAGUACCAUACGCGCAAAAAUUAAUGGAGAUACUAAAACAGUGCCAAAAUCUCGCAGUACUCUUUUGACUGACCUCAUACAUGAACUGAAAGAUCUUAAAGAAGAAAUAGAAGAUCGGAGAUUCGACGAAAUGCAACCAGAACCAAAGAGAAGCCUAGCAGACAUGCACUCUACCAACGAAGGACAACCUCGGACUCAAAGGCCAUCAUUAUUAAUGGAUCUUUUAACCGGAGAUCAUGGAUCCAGAGUUCAUACGAAUCGUACGCCCGCAGAAACUCCGAUUUCUCAUGCUACGGUUCCCCAGUCUGCCCCUCAUUCAACCCUUCAAUCAAAUUCGAGCAGUACCAUUAAAGUAACUCAACCGAGUCAAGUAUCAGCACCACCAAAUGGUAUACAUACUACACGAGGAUCGAUUUCUAGCACAAGCGUGGGCUCGUCCACUCUUCGCGAAGCCAGCGACGUCGGUACUACCGAGCAACACACAGAACAACUGCCCGUCACAGUGAUUGCAAGACGUUUACCACAGUUGGAUCGAGCCAUUGUCUACAGGACACUGCGACGGAAUUUUCAACGUUUUCGCGAUACCCUUUUCUUUCUGUCUACAACGUUUUUCAACAUUAUGUAACCGAGGGUGCAUUGCUUCAUUUCAUUUCCGUCAAUAGCGAGGCUUGCGAGAUAAUCUUUUGUUUCAAAUAUAACUUUUUCGUUUCAUCGAGUCAAACGUUAAGAUUAGCUUUAACCCUUUAUAGGAGAAAAUUUCAGAGACAAACAAACAAUUCUUUAUUAACUUGAACAUUCCUAAUUUACGAAAUUAAAUUUAUCAUUUUCUAUUUAAUAAAUAUUUCCUUUUACCAUUUGCAAAUUUUUAAUACCAUUUUGGUUUAUUUUGAUUCAGAAAUUGAAAUUUACGCAUGAAAAAUUGAAAAUUCUUGGAAGAUACAAUGUUUACGUUCGGAACUAUAAGGGGUUAAUUCAGUUUGCAUCGCUUGUAUAGUUUUCUUUUUCACUUUCCAUUGUUCGGGGCUUCCUGUUCGAUCUUAUAUUGACACAUUGAUCAUUGCGUUGCUUUCAUUGCUAGCUAGGGAACGGAGGUAAGCGGAUUCUAUUAGUAAACACUGACAAAAUCUAUGAUAAACGUCCCGCUGGUGUGUUCCCUUAUCAUUAAACUACGGAUGUUUAUGCACGUAAUACGCACAAAAAAUAUUCAUUAUAUAAAACUAUUUUUCUAUACAUUAAAUUGUUCACAAUUGAUAUUUAUUUUUAGUAGUUUUACUUUUUGAUAUACAUUUUUCAAUCGUACAUGUUUCAAAGGGUCUCCAUGUUUCGAGGUGCAUAAUCAGAACAAGUAAUGCUUCAUAAAUUCAGGAUUCUCACUUAAAACUACAUUUUCAUUUGAACUCAUCUUUUAAUAAACAUUAGGUAUACACUAGUCCAUAGAGAUAUUUAUAAUGGAAAUGUCGUGCUCGCCAAAUAGUAGAUAUUUUGAAAUUUUCGUACGAUUAGAAUACAUGUGAGAAUUGUGUGUACACAUUUCAUUGAAAUCGAAUAACAGAUCUGAAAUAUUCAUUUCUAUUACAAAUAGUACAUAAAUUUUAAAUACUUUCGUGCACCAGUGUAUCUAAAGAAACUUAGAGAUCUUAUUUAUCUCUCCAUCAUUGUAAAUGCAUUUCACCGUAUACAUUAGAACAAUAUGAUAAUCUGACCACUUUGUCAAAAUUUGAAAUACUACAAUUUAAAUCAAAUAUCAACUAAAAUUUUCAGCUACAAUGUUACAAUUUCUUAUUCCAUUCAAGAUAUUCCUGUGUGCCUUCUCUCAACUUCGUUUGAAUCAGAUAUUUAUAAACAGGUAGAAGAUAUAUCAUGAUGUGUAUAUUAAUAUUGUAAUUACAGUUGAGGAAUUUAUUUAAAGACGAAAUGAAAUUUAUAGGAUGCAAACACACAAGAUGCAGUAUUUAAUACUAUAUUCUUCUAUACAUAUAUUCCCAAAUAAAAAAUUCUAAAACCUACAAAAUAAAAAUCAUAUACUUCUGAUUCUUUAAUAACAAAACAAAAUUCUGUCGAAAUUUCACAUAUUUCUCUGUAUUCUAUAAAAUUGUAUACAUGCAUGAACAUCCGCAGUCUACUUAUUACGCUUCUCCGUAUCUCGUAUAUAAUUUUGUCAUAUCUUUGUUCACUAUUCUUCCCCUUUCUGUGUCUCUCUCGUUCACACUUGCUGCUGUUUUAUUAUUAUUUCCGUGAACAGAGAUUCAUUACAUUUUUCAAGUGUAUAUUCAAACAUGUUAAUAUGAUAUAAUUUAAUUGUGCCUUAUUAUUUAGUAUCUACAAGUAAACCACUUUUAAAAAUAACAAUACACUGUUUGGAGUAAUUGGGGUUUAUUUAUGCUUAUAAUAUACGUUCAUUAUUAUUAUUAUUGUCAUUCUCAUUGUACAAUGUUUUCUUAUUAACCCCUUGUCUUAUGAUUUAUUUCUCUGCUAUGAUCGAUAUAAUUGUUUUAU